CCACGUCAUCGAUCGUCCCAUUCCCAUAUGACAUCCAACUUCUCCUUACGCUCAGACCACAUACAAAGCUCCAACCGACUUUGCCAAGCCAUGUUCAAUCUCACUCAUCUAACGCCCCAAAACGAUCCGUCUCUUCUGCUCUCACACUAUAUUCUAUAAUGUGUCUCCCUACAUAAAAAAAGCCCAGCUGAGGCGGAGCCUCUCAGGACUUCGGCGGCUCCAACGACAAACUACCACUCUUUCCUGGCAGGAAAACUCCGAUUCGUGACUUCAGGUUGCUGCUGCAACAACAAACGGUGUCUUCGUUUCUGAACGAUGGAGACUACAACGCCAGUGUAGGUUAGGGUUUGAGAAGUUUAUAUAUAUAGAAAGAAACCAGGCGAAGAGGAUUCGACAAUGCAGCUUAGACUCUAUCAAUCAUUUACCGAAGAAAGAUUCGUCUGGUUUCCCAAUUCCCACCAAUAGGAGCAGCAACGUUAACAACGUAAGGAGGGAAGGAACAGAGUAAGGAGGAAACGAAUAUGUCGAUGCUGCGGCGUAGAAAAGCCUCCGAAAUCGAGCAAACUUCCAAUUUGGGUGAUCGUAAAGAGAUUGAAAGCAAAUUCGACGGUAAUGAAAAGGAGAAGGAGAAAGAGAAGGUGAAAAAGAAGAAGAAGAAAUGGUCUUGCAUUAAUAGCUGCUGCUGGUUUAUUGGCUGCAUCUGCUCGAUUUGGUGGUUUCUACUGUUUCUCUAUAAUGCCAUGCCGGCAUCGAUUCCUCAAUAUGUCACCGAAGCCAUUACCGGGCCACUGCCCGAUCCGCCCGGCGUGAAAUUGCAGAAAGAGGGGUUGAGGGCGAAGCACCCGGUGGUCUUCGUUCCUGGGAUCGUUACCGGUGGCCUCGAGCUUUGGGAAGGGCACCAGUGCGCUGAUGGGUUGUUCAGAAAGCGGCUUUGGGGUGGUACAUUUGGAGAAGUAUAUAAGAGACCUUUAUGUUGGGUUGAGCACAUGUCACUGGACAAUGAAACUGGACUGGAUCCUCCCGGUAUACGAGUUAGGCCUGUCCCGGGACUUGUUGCAGCAGAUUACUUUGCACCUGGCUAUUUUGUCUGGGCAGUUCUGAUUGCUAAUUUGGCUCGUAUUGGAUAUGAGGAGAAAACCAUGUACAUGGCUUCUUAUGACUGGAGGCUCUCAUUUCAGAACACGGAGGUGCGAGACCAGACCCUCAGCAGGAUAAAAAGUAAUAUAGAACUCAUGGUAGCUACAAAUGGUGGGAAAAAGGUAGUUGUCAUUCCACAUUCAAUGGGAGUUCUGUAUUUUUUGCAUUUUAUGAAGUGGGUUGAAUCACCAGCUCCAAUGGGUGGUGGGGGUGGGUCAGAUUGGUGCGCUAAGCAUAUAAAGGCAGUAAUGAACAUAGGUGGACCAUUUUUAGGUGCUCCAAAAGCAGUAUCGGGACUUUUCUCUUCUGAAGCCAGGGACAUUGCUGUUGCCAGGGCAAUUGCACCAGGUGUUUUGGAUAAAGAUGUAUUUGGAUUUCAAACUUUACAACAUGUAAUGCGGAUGACUCGUACUUGGGAUUCAACCAUGUCAAUGAUUCCAAAGGGCGGAGACACCAUCUGGGGCACUCUGGACUGGUCACCCGAAGAAGGCUAUAACUGUGGUCCAAAAAAACAAAGAAGCAAUGAUACUCAAGUUCCAGACCAUAAUAACACAGAGAGUCUGGACUGUCAAGUAAAAAGUGUGAACUAUGGAAGGAUCAUAUCAUUUGGGAAAGAUGUAGCAAAGGCACAUUCAUCAAAAAUUGAGAGGAUUGAUUUUCGGGGUGCUGUUAAAGGUAAUAGCCUUGCAAAUAUGACCUGUCACGAUGUAUGGAUAGAGUACCAUGACAUGGGCUGGGGAGGUAUCAAAGCUGUGGCAGACUACAAAGUUUAUACAGCUGGAUCAAUUUUGGAUCUACUACAUUUUGUUGCCCCAAAGAUGAUGAAGCGUGGAGGUGCUCAAUUCUCAUAUGGAAUUGCUGACAAUUUAGAUGAUCCUAAAUAUAAACACUACAAAUACUGGUCAAAUCCCUUAGAAACAAAAUUACCAUAUGCUCCGGACAUGGAGAUCUAUUCAAUGUAUGGAGUUGGCAUCCCCACAGAAAGAGCAUAUGUUUACAAAUUGAAUCCAGCUGCUGAAUGCUGCAUCCCCUUCCAGAUUGAUACAUCAGCUGAGGAUGAAAAUGCGGGUAGUUGUCUGAAAGGAGGAGUUUUUUCAGUUGAUGGAGACGAAACUGUACCUGUUCUAAGUGCAGGUUUUAUGUGCGCAAAAGCUUGGCGUGGGAAAACUAGAUUCAACCCUUCAGGCAUUCGCACAUUCAUUAGGGAGUAUGAUCAUGCCCCUCCAGCAAAUCUUCUAGAGGGCCGGGGAACCCAGAGUGGUGCACAUGUUGACAUAAUGGGCAAUUUUGCAUUGAUUGAGGAUAUUAUACGGGUGGCAGCAGGUGCUACAGGAGAAGAGUUGGGGGGUGAUCAAGUUUACUCGGAUAUCUUCAAGUGGUCUGAAAAGAUCAACUUACAGCUCUAGUCUUGGCUGGGACGAGUAUUUGGGACAUGGCAGGCCCGUUGAUAAUGAUGCAGUUUUUCAAAUUCAGAUGAAACCUAGAGACAUGAAGAAAGGUAUAAAUGAAAGGUUCCCAGCUUCAUCUGCUUCUAUUUUAGUUUGAUUUUCAUGGAAUGUAACAUUGUCAGGUUUGGCACUUGGAGGAUCCCAUGGUUUUGAAUUCCUCUCUUAUUGUUAUUACUGCCAUUCCUUUGCUCCUCCCUUUUCCUGGUUUGGAAAAUGUGAAUGAUAUCUAAUUAUUUAAAGCUGUGAUAUCAAGAUCUGUUGUUAUGAUGAGGGUAUAAUUAAUUAAUGUGUAUUGUUCCUUUGUUAUCCUAAUUGGCGACAAGCUUUACUUGGUGGAGUAUGAGAGGACAUGUGAACUUUUGACUUUUGA